AUGUCUCGCUUCUUCAAGUCAACAUUCUUCAAGACCGCCGCCGCCUCUGCCUCGGUGGUCGGCGCCGGCGUCGUCUACCUUGAUUUCGUCAAGACCCCAAACCCUUCAAACUACAAGAACUCCUAUGAGCCUCUUCGUAAGAAGCUCGAUACUCCUCCCUCGAGAGAUGAGCUCUUGAAGACCGUCAAGAAGACUGAAAAAUUCGACGUGUUGAUCGUUGGCGGUGGUGCUACCGGUACCGGUACCGCCGUGGACGCUGCCACCCGUGGUCUCAAUGUUUGUCUCUUGGAAAGAGAUGACUUUGCUUCUGGUACUUCCUCGAAGUCUACCAAGAUGGCUCACGGUGGUGUCAGAUACUUGGAAAAGGCUAUCUUCCAGCUUUCCAAGGACCAGUUGGAUUUGGUCAUUGAGGCCUUGAACGAAAGAGGUAACAUGCUUAGAACCGCUCCUCACUUGUGUUCCGUGCUCCCUAUCAUGAUUCCCGUCUACAAGUGGUGGCAGGUUCCUUACUUCUUCGUUGGCUGCAAAAUGUACGACUGGUUUGCCGGUCACCAGAACUUGAGAUCUUCUACCGUGUUUUCCGCUGAAACUUUUGGUGCUAUUGCUCCUAUGAUUGACACUGCUAACAUUAAGGCUGCUUGUGUUUACCACGAUGGUACUUUUAACGAUGCUAGAUUUAACGCUACUUUGGCUGUCACCGCUGUCGACCACGGUGCGACUAUCUUGAACUACAUGGAUGUCAAGCAGUUGAUCAAGGAAGAUGGUAAGUUGGUUGGUGCCCUUGCUGUUGACAAGGAAACCGGUGAAGAAUACAGAAUCAAGGCUACCGCUACUGUUAACGCUACUGGUCCUUUUGCUGAUAAACUCUUGGAAAUGGAUGCUGACCCUCAGGGCUUGCCUCCUCAGCAGGAGCAGGCCCCAAGAAUGGUUGUUCCAUCCUCUGGUGUCCACAUUGUUUUGCCUGAAUACUACGGUCCUUCCUCUAUGGGUUUGUUGGAUCCUUCCACUUCUGAUGGCAGAGUCAUGUUCUUCUUGCCAUGGCAAGGUAAGGUUCUCGCUGGUACCACUGAUACUCCAUUGAAGAAUGUUCCAUACAACCCAGUUCCAACCGAAGAGGAAAUUACUGACAUUUUGGGUGAAUUGCAAAAGUACAUUGUGUUCCCUGUUGACAGAGAGGAUGUUUUGUCUGCCUGGUCUGGUAUCAGACCAUUGGUUCGUGAUCCUGCCAAGAUUCCAAAGGGUAAGGAGAACGCUGGUACCCAGGGCUUGGUCCGUUCCCACUUGAUCACUAUCUCUGACUCUGGUUUGCUCACCAUUUCUGGUGGUAAAUGGACCACCUACAGAGAGAUGGCCCAGGAAACCGUUGACACUUUGGUCAAGAAGUACGACUUUGGCGGUAAGAACUUGAAGCCUUGUCAGACUAACAACAUCUUGCUUGCUGGUGGUGAGGACUAUUCUAAGAACUACUCUGCCCGUUUGAUCCACGAGUACAAGAUUCCAUUGAAGUUGGCUAAGCACUUGAGUCACAACUACGGUUCCAGAGCUGCCCUCAUUUUGGAGUUGUACCAGCAGAACGACUACAACAAAUUGCCAAUUACUUUGGCUGCCACUCACGAAUUCCUUCCUAACUCAGAAGAAAACACUGAAGGUACUAUUUUGUCCUACCAGUCUUUCGACGAGCCAUUCACUAUUGCUGAGUUGAAGUACUCCUUGAAGUACGAGUACAUCAGACACCCUCUUGACUUCUUGGCCAGAAGAACCAGAUUGGCUUUCUUGAACGCCAGAGAAGCCUUGAGUGCCGUUGACGGUGUUGUUUCCAUCAUGAAGGCCGAAUUCAACUGGGAUGAUGAGACCACGAAGAGAUUAUCCGACGAGACCAAGGAGUACAUCAGCCUGAUGGGUGUCUCCUCUCACAAGUUCAACGUGAAAGACUUCGUUGUCCAGUAA